AUGUCGAAUCUGACUGGAUUUCUGAUUCAAAAACUCGAGCUACAACCUCUCCUUCGCGACAGAGUGUUUGUAAAAUGGGAAGACCAAUCACGUCGUACACUAUGUACCCUAGGCUCUCGCUCGAAUCGUAACAGGCGGAAUCUCAACUUUUUCAUACAGGCAUACUAUGAUAUAGAAGGACAUGUUCAUAUUCACUUUUCCCUUGAGGUGUCUAUCAAGAAGCAGAAUAUAGAGAUGUUACUGGUUAUUCCUCCAGAUGCCGACUUUGCAGAUGCUCUUGAGCCUCAUUCAAUAUCGAAUAUGGAUGAUUUAUCUCCUCUCGACAUUGCUGCUGUUCACGAUGCCGAACUUAGCGCUUCACUACAGGUUAUCUAUAUACAAUUCGAUCUAAGUGCGAAGGGCUUUAUCGUUAUGAAGAAGCCUACUACGACUAUUAACCCACGGGAUAAGACAUCAGCAAAAUUGCUUCGUGAUCUGGAGUCUCUAUCUAAUACGACAAGCUUUGCUGUAUAUAUCAAGCCAAAUGAUUAUGCGCGGGUGGGCUUAAAACGACUUCAUGAUCGCUUAAGCAACACUCCUACCGACACACGCAAAACCAAUAUGAGGGAAAUGUACAUUGGACAAGUGCCUGAAUUAGUAGAAUGGAAAUCACCGCCGCCGCUACUGCCACCAUAUACCACACAAGAUGCACAAAGGUCGACUGAAGUGCAGGUUCCUCGGUCACCGCCACCAUGUGCUCAGCCAUGUCCGGAAGUACAAGUUUCUCGGUCACCGCCUCUAUAUACUCAGCUAUCUCCAGAAGUGCAGGUCUCUCAGUCAUCAUCCAUCAUUUUCGAAGAAGAAACACCGGCUCGAUCUCCAAUUAGCUCCAACUCCGUAUCGGUACAUGGCAUUUUCUCUGGCUGCGAAGAGUCAUCAGAGUCGUCAGACGAAGUGAACUUGGACGAUAUCGAACAGGAUAUUAGAAUAGAUUUCGAUGUCGAUUCGGAUGAAGAAGAGCUUGCCAGGGAACAGCUUGCCAACUUGGAUUCUCGAGAACUAAAUCGGCAAUUCGACUAUAAUUUAAAAGUAUCGCAAAUGCUUAACUCGAAGCUGGAGAAAUGGAUAGAAGCAGUACUAUCGAUAAAUCUCAAUUUUCAUCGUCAUACACGUUUGAUUACCAAAUUGUCAAUUCUUGGUAAUUGUAUUCGUACUUCAAAUAUUAGGAUAUUUGAUAUUACUUUAUUUUGGUGUUUUGCACUGUUUUUCUACGAUCCACUCGAUUCUGAUAACACUUUGGGGUUAUGGGAGAAGAGAAAUUCAUGGCUUAUUCGAGAUAUAGCGGAACAGAUUCAAUGGGCUGAUGAAAUGCGCUUUAGUAUUGAGAUAAGUUCGUCGUUGUUGGAGCAUUUUACAAAACUGGGUCAAGCUGCUCGUACUGUUGCUCUAGAUUCUCUAUAUAACAAAGGUGUCUAUCUUAAACAGAAAAGUAUUUUUAUUACUUAUAUAUUAGCGGAGUUUGGUGAGCUAGGUAGGAAGUCUGUUUCUCGAAAAAGCUUGGGAACUGGUAGCAAUGCGCCAAAGCGAUUCAAGAAACUAGAAGCUUGCUUUACAGAGUUUUUUGAGCGCGAUCCAGCAUUGUCGUUGUACAUACCAUCAAACGUUGUCGCUCAACAGCAGCCCACUAGACGAGACGGCUCAUCUGAUAUACCUGCCUCGAAUUUAACUGCAUCAAACAUUACUACUCGACGAUUACCCACUGCAAUAGAUCCUUCAUCAAACACAGAAGUUUCGAUAUCUGCUAAGACAUACUUUGAGAAAGUCAUUCCAGACGCUGAUCAGGAUCGAAUAAAACGUUUGAAUCGAGCCAUCCGAGGCAUCCAAGAAGCUAAAGCUCUCCCUCAAGAGUCGUACAACACACUGUGGUCUUCUAAGGAUGGAAUUUUCGAGAGCCCGAAAGAAGAGUUGCGAAGAUUUUGUCGACUCCAGCAGGGUCGCAAGAAUAUAGUUUCUGGGUCCGCAGGUUAUGAUUGCGCUGCUCGUCUCGCCUUGUUAUUUCUGAGCCAUGAUAUUGAUCAUAUGGAAGAGGAGCAAAGACAGCUAAAAGUGAAGCAUCAACAUAAGACGAAGACUUCUGUAUUCAAUGACCUUGCUCGAAUCUCCGGUACCUCAUUGGUAGAUUUGAAGGACGAUUACAAGAAAAGCAAGAACUAUACUUUCCUGUUAGAAAAGGCUGGUCCUGGUUCUCUACUUGAAAUCGGGUCCAAUGUGAGCUCGCUAUGGGAGCUUAAAAUGAACAGAGAUGAUAUACAUCUAGUUCUGGAAUACAGAAAGACUAAACUUCCUCAACUUGAGAAGCGUGCUGAAUCAUUAGAUGAAUCAGCAGCAUGUACUAUCGUCUCUGGUCUUCUCGCCUAUGGCUGGACUAUCUCUGAGCUUCUUUCGACUCAAACUUCCUUAAUCAAGCAAGUCAGGAAUUAUAUCAACUUGGGACAGCAUCUUGGUUCAAUGCGACAUCAAUAUCUGGGUUUGAAAAGAGGCAGCGAUCAUAUCACUGUUGGUGGUGAAAAGCGCAGACGCUAUACGCUAAACGAAACUUCUCUUGACUCCGGACAGAGCAAUCUGUUGUCCUUUGGUACGAUCAAUCAGGAUCCACACGCUUGCAAUCCAGGUAUACAAGAAUUUCAUACAUCAGACUCUUCCGAACAUACCUCGAACCAACAAGCUCUUGAUCCAUCAAUGAUGAACCUGUUGAAUAUGUCAGGCGAACUACCAAACGCUUUGGAUUAUACCUCGAACCAACAAGCUCUUGAUCCAUCAAUGAUGAACCUGUUAAAUAUGUCAGGCGAACUACCAAACGCCUUGGAUUAUACCUCGAACCAACAAGCUCUUGAUCCAUCCAUGAUAAACCUGUUGAAUAUAUUGGACUACUUACCACCUUUACAAAUUCCUCUACCGCCGCGUUUCCGCAGACGGACUACUUGCAACGAACUAGGAAUUCCGCGUCCUCCUCCACAUGAACGAUACACAACAGGAUCAGAAUCGCGGAAAUAUGCGACCGAACCGCUUUGGAUCUCUUUACUACCGCUAUCGCCAAUUUCAGGCAGCGGAAGGUUGCCUAGUGCCAGUAUUCCGAAUAUGCCACCUCCCGCAGCUGAACUUGAGUACUUCAAAGGAUCCGACCGGACAUCUGCGUAA